ACGCCGAAUUGCACAUAACAAUACAAGUGUGAACAAACGUCGAGAAGCCGAACGCUAUCGUUACGAGAGUUCUAUAAUUAUAAUCGAACUGUGAUUGUAAGUUCUGUAUUGAACUCAAUCGCUUCACCUGUUUUAAGUGCUGAGAGAGGAAAAAUGGGCAGGAAUUUGGAAAUGGCGAGAAAACUAUCCAUGAAAACCUACAACGCAACGGAUAACACGUACGAAUCGAGCUCGGGCAGUGAUUCAGAUGAGAGCAAUGCAAGCUUAUUGGAAAGAAGUUGCCUUUUAAGCAACAAAUUUAUGCUACCAAAGGAUCUCUGCGAAAAUGGUAACAUUUUUGAUGAAUUUUUUUCCCGCACUCUGUGGAAUACGCUGCCUCCAGCCAUCCAACAUAAGUUGGCAAAGUUACUGCCAGUUGCCAAAGAUGAUAUGCCGUCGGCGACGAAAGUGGUGCAUGAUUUGCUGUCGCACGACUUGCACCGCUUCGGUAAAGAACCGAUGGAUGAUUUUCGCUUCAAGCUAGCAAACGGAAACUUCCGCGUGGAUGUUGCCAAAUUGCAGCACAAUUUAGUGAAAUUAACGACGAAAGAUCGGCGUAUGGUCGAACUGCAGCGAAUGUCUCGUUCGGCGCAAAACGUUAUGUUAUCCCGUGAAGCCGUCUUGUACAGUGAGUUGCAUUCGAAUGAUGUACGUGCUUUACCUUCUACUGGCCGAGUAACGGACGGUUAUAACCAUCGUCGGCAGUGGGAUUAUGAUUUGCCCGCUUCUUCCACAAUGCAAAAAUGUCAAUCAGCUGCAAAAAAGCGAUAUUUAAGUGAAAUUAUUAACAUAUGCGAUGAAAUCGGUUUGCCAAUGACUCUAUCUGAUGAAGAAGAUUGCAUGCAUGCUUUACCAGCAGGAACAGUACGUAAACAACGACGGAUGGCAGGCAGUGGCCCACAGUCUAGCGAACAGUCAAGCUUUCAACCCCGUCCCGGCAUGUUAAGCAAUUCAAAUAGCAUUACAGCUGGCAACACAUUUGAUGGCAACAUAUUCAACGCACCAAAGCUGUUUGUUGUUACCGAGGAACAUUACAAAAAAUUGAUGUUACAGCAUAGAAAACGCAAACUGGAAGAACCCGAUCAUCCUGAGCUGGACUUGGACAAUAUAAAACUAAAAGAUGUCGUUAGUCGCACUCAAAUAGCCGCCGGAUAUCGAAGAAUAUUGCCACUCCCCAAGGUGUACAUUUCGAACACUAUAAAGGAAAAUUCGACAGCGUUGAAAGGGAAAGUGAAGACGCAUAAAUCUUUAAAAAUACACCGAUCUUCUCUAGAUCAUACCGAUGCAAAAAACACGAUCGAUUGUGAUUAUGGUGAACACAGUGUUGAUAGAGCUAAAGUCAAAUCGGAACCAACGGUGGCGAUGAAUGUUAAGGUUAAAGAAGAACAACCAUCAAGUGAUUGUUUUGAUUCAGAUUUGAAUGAGAAUCCCGGGUCGGACUUUGUUUCAACCAAACAGUACAUUCGCUCAGAAGAGAAAGGUACGACGUCUUACAAUGAACCAACAACCAGUCCAGAAAGUAAGCGAAAUUUGAAUCCGACGGAAGAAACAAAACAGGAGGCCAUUGAAAUUGGUGUAACAACAACAGUUUCUGGUACGACCCAAUCUACCACACCAUCAUCGAAUGCAUCGUUGCAAGACACAAUGGUAGAAAAUGCUGAAUCAACCAAAAUAGAACAAAAUGUUGUAAACUGUUUGUUCAGUAGUGGAGCGCAUGCCUGUUUCUUAGCGGUCGUCCGUGACCUGUUUUGUUCUAAUCCCGAUCAUCGAUCCACUUUACCAGAACUGCAACUAAAGUUGGAUGCUUGGACCAAGAGUCCUGUUGCGAAGCGCAAUGUAUGGUUUGAACAGUAUCGAAACAAUGGCGAAUGGAAUGAGACGCUGCAGUCUGCCGUACAAUUUCUUGCUGGAGAAUUUCUAAACCAACCGGAAGAUUUCGUCCCGUACAUAGAGCAUAAAGUAGCCCUUAACAUACUACAAUGGAUUGGUGCAUCUCGCGAUGGCGACAGCCGGUUAGUACCGCUAUGUGCAUACUGGCAAAGUAGAAAGCAAGAGAUGAAUAAAUCCUCAGGCCUGCAUGCACUUACGACUAGCAACACCCCAAGCACGAGCAAUUUCAUUGCAAAUGACUCAUCUUUCACGCAAGUUUCUGCUUCGCCCAAAAACAGAAGCAGAUCAGCUGCUGGAUCUAAACAUGUACCUUUUUCUCCAAUUUAUUCGUCCUCAUCCUCCAUGUCAUCAGUGUCUUCGGUACAGGUUGCAGGAGAUAAUUCUGUAUCGUUAUGUAACGAUUCUACCCUAUCAUCGCUAUCGAUAAAGACUGCCACUGUGUCCGAGGAUGAUGGAUCGAUUAAUGAACGUUCGACAGCAACACCACCACCACUGUUCUCAACAGACUGGACCGUUCGGAAAGCUACCGACGAGGAAAUACAAAGCUUUCGCGAGCAGGAAAAAUGUCGUUAUGAGAACCCGCAUAUGGCUUUCACUUAUAAGCAACACUCUUACGAUAGUGUGGUUGGACCCGUUAAGGGUAUUUAUACACAAGCUCCAGGCAUCUCUAAAGCCCGUGGUCACAGUAUGCUUGUUGCAAAUCGUCCCAAUUUCGUGACCAUUCUUACCCUAGUGAGGGAUGCCACUGCACGAUUACCUAACGGCGAAGGUACACGGGCAGAUAUUUGCGAGCUGCUGAAAUCCUCGCAAUACAUUUCUCCAACAGCAACUGAUCAUGUCUUGCAAACCAUAGUCAGUGGUGCAUUGGAUCGAAUGCACACAGAACGAGAUCCGUGCGUGAAGUAUGACGCCAAGCGCAAAAUUUGGAUCUAUUUGCACCGAAACCGUACCAAACAGGAGUUUGAACGUUUGCACAUGCAAUAUCAAGGAUUCACUAAACAUAAAAAAUCCAAUAUUAGGAAAUCGUUAAGGCAAAGCAAAGAAAACAUGUCAACAUCCAACACGACUAAACUCGACUUGUUGAACGAUAGUGGUACUUCUGUUGAGAGUUUUACUUUAAACAGUUCUAUGAUUGAGAUGGAUCAGGAUAGUUCAGCAACAAUCAGCGAUAGUGCAACAGAUCCGACUGUUAGUACAGGUACAACAACUAUAAGCAUUACCGAAAUACCAACAAGCAGCAUGGCUGGUACGACUGCGGGAAAAUCGUCUACGUCUUUGUUAAAAAAACAAAUGCCCCUAACGACACCAUCAGAUAACAUCACUGUACAACAACCAUGCACAGGCGACAUUCAUUCCAUAAACAGCAUUGCAAAGAGUGUAAUAACGGAUGUAAAUACUACAUGUCAAACAGAUCAAACCAGACAACCUAUAUGUAUCGUAAAAAACCAUCAGACAGUACCUCUAGAGUCUAGUACAGAUGUAAUGUAUAAGUCUGCCGGUAAAUUGUGUGGUGCCGUCACAUUAAUUUCGUCCGUUGGAAAUAAUGUACGCACGAUUCAGAUUCCUAAAUCUUCAUUAACUUUAGCAAACAAUCUGGUAACAUCCAACACUGGUACAGCGAUAGUUAAUGAAACUUCAACAUCUGACGAUGUUUUAUCGCCAGAUGCAUUAGGAAACAUUAAUCCAAAAACUCCAAAGAAGAUUCUAGUAUCAUCAAUAGUGUCUUCUGCGAAAUCAACCAUUUCCCCAUCCGCUGGUGCAAAUGCUAAAUCUGUAGUCGACAUUUCACGAAUAUCCAGCUCGAAGCCCAUACUAGUGCAAGCUAUAGGAACUGCUGCAUCUUCGCAUACACCAGCCGCAAGUUCCUUCGUUACAUCUCCAAAAGAUGGUAUUAAAAUUGGUUCAUCCAUGGCUGGUACGAUCGUGUCCAUCCGACCGGUGAACAGCACUUCGGGCAUCAGUAGUGUUGGUAAAAAAAAUCAAAUGUUGCCUUGUGGACAAACGACUACAUUGCUAUCUCCACAGUCACCGGCACAGGCACAGGUGAAAGGUACACAAUUGUCAAUCAACAAUGCUUCGUUUGCGAGCUCUUCUGGAGGAAGUGCGCUGCAAAAUAUGAAAGGUGGCACGGUAAUAACAGCUACAAUAGGCAAACCGAUUUACAGUUCCUCCGUUGGUCAAUCACCUUUAAAGCCAGGCACUAGUACUGCUUCCAUCAUACAACAAACCAAUCUUCCUGGCACGGUAUUUUCGCAGAAAAUGAUGGUCAGUUCUGGCAGAGCGGAAACACCAUCAUCCUCCGGAGAAAGUAGCCGCGUACCUACAGUAGUAGCCAUCAAAUCAGCCAGCACAUCGAAUAUUACAUCCUCCACGCAAGCUGGUAUCAAUCGCAUGAUAAAGCCUGCGAGUAAUGUCUUAAACACAAUCACACUUGCCAAAGGACAGCAGUCUGUGCUAACACAAGCUAAACAGAGACAAAUUAUUCAAAAUUUGAAGCAGUCGAUUACAGGCAAUCAAAUAAUUUCUCAAGCAGCGCUGCUCGCAGCGAGUGCAUCAUCCUUAACGAAGGUACAAACUGGCGAUACAAAACAACAGUACAAAGGUAGCCCAUCGUACCUGGUGGAAAAUCAGACAACUGGUCUAGAGUUCAAAAUGAAUCAAAAUCAAACGUCAAGCUCAACCAUUAAAACAUUAUCUCCAAAAAUUGUCAAAAUAACUCCAACACGCUCGAAACCUCAGACCUCCAUAAGGCCUGUUGCCAACAUAGGCACAAUUGUCGGUUCCUCUAAUACCGCUCUACUUCCGACGACGAACCAAGCAGCAGCACCAUCUAGUUUAAAAAUGAUAAAAAUGAGCCCAUCAACAAUAAUUACAUCAACUGACAUACACGGUAUGGCUAAUACUGGUACUUUAAACACAGGUACUGCGGUAGCUGUGACUGUAUCAAGUAGUGCUGGGACUAUCACUCCGUCUAGUUCUAAAAUCGCGACUAUGCGAGUACUGAAAACGGCAACCGGAUCUACAACCGUUAUCAAGACAGAGGUAACAAGGGGACCAUCCGUGCAGCAAUUAUCACAAAGCAACGCUCACCACGGGUUGGAAACCCUGCGGAAGGAUCCAUCUUCGCAGGUUAGUUCUAAAUUGGUUGUAAACCCCAACAUCAAUACAGGGCAACUGAUUCCGCUGGAAAGCUUGUUGCAAAAACCCGGAAUAGGAGCCACGGUAAACAAUUCUCCAGGGGGUGUGAAUACAAUUUUGAAGCUUGCGGGUACCACCAAAACCGGACAACAACAGUUCAUACAGUUCGGUGCCAGUGCUAAUCUCACCAAUUCGUCAACCUCACCAUCUAUCACAAAUUUACCAUCGGCCAAUAGUGGAGUCACCACUGUUGGGAGUGUAGCCCAUCAAUACACAAUUUUACCGCAGACACGAAAUAUAAUAUCCGUCGCAUCGACGUCUGCAACAAAUCGGCCAACGAACCUUCCCUUAACCAUUGUGUCAUCGUCAACAGAAUCAAGUGAAACUUUCCAGCCUGGGGGUUCCAUUAUUGUAUCAAAUAAAAAAGGAAAUCUAAGCGAAGUUAAUCCUUCUUCUGACUCACCGACUACCAAACUAAUGCAACAGGGCACGAAAGUAAAACUACUUACUACGACCGCACACAAUCCAAACAGUUUUGCUUCUGGCCCUGCCGUUUCUGCAUCUCAGCAGCAAGGUUCGGGAUGUAAUACUAAAACAUCCGUGCCCUCCACGGUGAAUGUUAGUGGUGAAUUUUUAAAUGCAAAAAUUAUAGGCGUCCGCAACAUUACCGCGGCUAAACUGAAAGGAACUUCUGCAUUAAGCUUGAUGAAUGCAAAUGGAUUGAAUAUAGCGCAUAUAGGAGGAAAACCUGUUCUAAUUGCAAACAAUGCGACGGUCGGACCAAAUCAAGGCAUUACAGUCAGCGCUGCCAAAUCUGGUCCAUCUAGCGCCAUGGUGUUAACGGGCAGUAACAGCUGUAACAGUCUCGUACUGGGACAGCAAAAUGCAACCAGUGUAACCGUGCCUGGGGCAUCUUCGACGACCGGAAGAGAAAUCAUGCGCACGAACGUUGUCAGCGGUAUAACCGGUCAAAUUCAAACUGUUCUACUUCGUAAUAAUUUACUGAAGGUUCAAACUGUACCACCGAAUACUGCAAAUAAAUUGUCUCAUCAACAAGCUAUAGUUUCUGGAACCGUGUGCAGCAGUGGAAUUAACCCAGCUGCUACCACACUGAUUGCUACGACCAAUCGAUGCACUACAGCCCAAGCAAAAUCACAGUUACAACAGCAACAGCAACAAAAAUCACAGAAACAGCAGCAAACUAUCAGCACGGGUGGAGCUUCUGUCAUUUUAACACCAAACGUACCACCGAACUCCAUGACCCUAGGAACAACAGUUGGUGAAGAGACGUUAACGAAUUCAUUCGUUAAAUUACAAUCUUCUAAUGCAGAGAUAACAAACAAUACGACUUCGGCGCCACAAACAUCCCGGGUAGUUAUUACGCAUCCAAUUAUAAUACCAUCAGAUGUUCAAAAAUCUGGUUCCUCGAUAAAUCUUAAGCGACUUAAAGUUAUACCCAUAAGUAAACAUCGAAGCAAAUAGGUUACUAAUGAGUAUAGUUUCAUAAAAUCGCAUCAAUGCUUAUCAUGUUAUGUUAGCACAAAUAUACAUAUGUAAGUAUGUACAUAAUUAUGUGAGUAUAAGUAAAUUAAAUUAAUUUCGAGUAUAGUAUUUUUCCGAGUUACGCCGUUUUUUUCCCUGGCACGCAUUAUUCGCAACUCGGAAAAUGACUUUACUGAUAAAUUAGAAUUACAAAAUUAAAAAAAAAACACUUGCAGCUCAAUUUCAUAAACUGGUUAUAGGUGGAAAACUAGCUAAAAAUCAAAGAACUCUGCUAGAAUAUUUGCAAAACUGCGAAACCUACCUAUUGAACUUACUGAAGGUUAUCAUAAAACAACCCUGCUACAAGCAAAUUUACAUGUUGCCUACGAUAACUAAUAAAGCUGACGUGAUCAUCUCAAACGCCUGACUUUCUUAUUAAUCGUUGUUGCGCGACGCCGUGGGGAGUUUUAUUAACUUCUUUAGUAAGUCCUAAUCUACCUAGAUGGCAAUAGAUAGAGGCAAUAAGGAAUAGAUUCUGAGGCUUGAGGAGUUGUUAGCCCGUAUACUGGCCCUCCUGGCUGGGAUAUGGGUUCUGUAUGAAGAUUCUCUCCUCUCACAAUUGCAAAUAAAGAAAAAAGGUAUGGGUACGCAUAACCUAGCAGGAUGUUACGGUCUAAAAUCGAUAAUAAUAAAAUGUAU